GUUACUUUGACUUAGGUUUUGAGGCUGCAGUGGCCUGAGUUGCUUCAUAGCCGCUUAAUUAUUGAAUGAGUUACUGGUGAAUAACAAUGCUCCGAGCAAAGCAACCUGCAGUUCAUGUUGACUUGCCAUUGUGUUUCGUGGCGAAGGGUGUCGCAACAGGGCCUGGAUGCCGACGACCUGCAGCGGGGGGGCGGCGGUGGCCACGGCGACAGCUGGGUUGCUGGCAGUAGCACAGUAGCAGGCACAGUCCGCCAAGGCGCCGCCAUGGGCGGCCUGCAGCUGGAGCAGGUGGUGGGGCAGCUCGUGCUGCUGCUCGGCGUGGGAUCGCUGGCGGCGGUGGUGCUGGUGCUGGCGAGCGGCGGCGCGGCGGCGGAGCAGGUGGAGCAAGUUACGGCUGCGGGCGCCGAGGCGCAGCAGCGCGUGUUGACCGUGAGUGUGGGGCUGCCUGGGGCCUAGGUAAACGAAGAGGGAUGACAGCCGGAGAGCCUUUAGACUUGUAGUGGCUUGCAAACCAUGAUUGAUCGCCAAUACCUGUUGUAGAGCAUAUGGUUAUAUGCGAUAUACGAUAUGACACGCUACGGUGUCCAGAAUUGGGGCUGUUCUAGCUUCGAGUCUA